UGAAAAUGGAUUGCUGUUUAUGAAGGGCAUGACCCGGCCCGACAAGUAUUCACAAAACUCUGUCAUCAAUGGCUACUAGCACUAAUUUGCUCUACAAUUUUCCCGCCUUUUCUUCAUUUUCCCCCAUUUCUCGUCAACCCAUUUCCUCAAUUUCAUGCCCUAACUCCUUUAGGCCUGAUUUGUGUAAUCCUAAUAAAACCCCUAAAUCUUGCAGGCUGAAAAUUUCACAGAAGCAGUCAUGGGCACUAAGAUGUGUAAUGUCAGCUUCCGUUGUUUCGUGUUUUGAUGAUAAUGCUGAAGCGGUUCCUGGGUCAGUGAACUCGGUUGAUUCGAAUGAAUCUGCACAGCAGGAAGUUAGUAUCGACUUAAAACUCCCAAGAAGAAGUUUGUUAGUCCAGUUUACUUGUAAUAUAUGUGGCGAGAGAUCGCAAAGGCUCAUAAACAAACUGGCAUAUGAAAAAGGAACAGUUUAUAUUCAGUGUGCAGGAUGCUCACAAUAUCACAGAUUGGUAGACAAUCUUAAUCUUGUGGUUGAGUAUGAUUUUCGAGAGGACGGAAAUGGGGGCCCUGAUGCUGACCAAGUUUGAGAAAGUUCAUUAUGUUUUGGUGUAUAAUAUUGUUAGACAUUGGCACCAUUGUAAUUCAUUACUAUAUAAUUACAAAGCUUAUUGCGAAGGAGAAUUUACGUAAGAACAGGUUAAUAUCAUCUUUAUCUAUCAACUUUCUCUCAGAACUUCCAUUGUGGAUUGUUUCUGUUUAAAGAAAGAAGAGUAAAUAUUUGUUGCUGCAUAAAA